AUGGCAGAAAUCUUAAACGAGAUAAAUAAGUUAUGUUUAGAAAGUUUAAGUACGGAUUGGGUAGAUUCAGUUUACAAUUCCGAAUUUUUAGAAUUCGGGGAUCUUCCGGAAGAAUAUGAAAGCCUACUUGAAAGUUUAGAUAUCAAAACAAUUUUUCAAGAUACAAUGAACGCAUGCGAUUCUUGGCUAGAUCCUAAUUUCAAUGAUGGAGAGGAAAGAUCAUGGUCGGUUAUUUCACACCAAAUAAAACACCAAAGUUUACUGUCGCUUUUAGCUUACUUCAUCGAUAAUGGAUCUAAAAAUGUGCUCACUAAGGAGCAUAGGAAUAAUGCUAUUCUUGCAGCCCGUGUUUAUUACAAGCUGCUGCUUAUACCAGGAUAUAAAGUAUACCAUAUAUAUCAUUCCCAACUGUUUGCACAUUCACUUGUUUGUCUCAGCUUCCCAAAGACAAUGUGUGAUAAUGAAGACAACUACUUCAAUGCCAGGGAACUCAGUUGUGAAGUUAAUUAUCUGAUAAAGAAAUUAGGAAAAUUUGUAACAGAUUUAAAAACAAUUAUUGAGACAUUACAAUUAAAACCGAGUGAUAUGAACUUUGAAGAUAUUAUGAGCAAUUUGGUUGACAUCACUGGCGGAGCAAUUGUUAAUAAACUGAAUAUUGAUAAAAUAGAAUUGGCAAAUGUAUCCAGAACAAUAUAUGAAAUGAUAGACAUUCUCAUCUGCGGCUCAAAUCAAACUCCAAAUCCACUAUCAAUCCAAGUGCUUUUCAAAUGUCUGCUACCAAAACUUAUUUCAGCAUCUGUUGAUAGUCGUAAUGUACAUAAUGUAGUCCGAGCAUCCUAUGUUACAUAUUCAGGGUUACUGCUUACAAAAUAUGGUAAAGCUGCUUUAAAUGGAUAUACAAUACUUUUACAGCAUUUAUGUUAUACACUUGAUGGUCUGGAGCGUGCAGAGGUGCGCACAGCGCGUGUCUCACUUGUCGUGGGCUUAAUGAGCUUAUUACCAACAAAAUCAUACAAGAAAAUAGUAACAUGGUUGUUGAAAUUAUCGAGCACAUCAAAAAUAUCACAUCGACAAGUGGCUUUGGAAAUACUGUCUAAGCUGCUAAGUAAUGAUCCCGAACCAUCAAAAGACAAUCCAGAAUCAAAUUCUGGUAAUACAGGAAACACAAACGAGUCCACAGCAAGUGAAAAUGAAAUGCCAGAACAAGCCAACGACACAGAGAUUAUUGGAGAAAAUGCUGAGGAACAAUUACCUACAAAUGACGAUGACGAAAUCACAGAUGAAGAAGUAUCGAAUCUAUUGAUGCAACGUGCCCACGUGAUUUCUCACUCCGAAGUCUUGAGGGCUGUGUACGAACGUGUUCACGAUACAUCGAGUACUAUUCGGACCCGCGCCCUCGCUAUACUCACGGACUGCUUACAAUCGGAAGUACCCGCUAUAAAAGAGGCUAUGCAGGAACUGAGUGGUGAGGGCGAGGUAUCUCGGCUGGCGGCGCUGGGCGCGCGCUGUGUGUGUGACGAGCGAGCUGUAGUCCGGAAGGCGGCCGUCGGUCUCAUACACCGACUGAUAGCGAACACGAGCGACGGACAGACACCCAACAAAGAAUAUGCGGCAGGCGGCCGGUCGUGGGGGUCCCCCCACAGUGUUGACUUCCUCGUAGUGACCCCUGGGCAACGUCGCGCCUGA